AUGAUCGCGGCUACCAGGAUUUCGGCCACCGCUCGGGUGGCCGCUCUGCGACCGCAGACGUCGACUCUGAGGACGACAGGUUCCGCUUUACAAUGGUCCUUGAGCCAGUCUCCCUCGUAUGCGACGUUACACUCAAUAGAAAACACCAACUCCCCUGUUUCCCGCCUUCUUUCGCCCUACGCCUCCCUUCACUUGACCAGAUCUUUCCAUGUCAGCACAUCUCGGCUGCAGCAAAAGCAAGAACAGCAGGGUGAAAAGAAAUCCGAGGAGUCAAAGCAGGAGAAGAGUGAUGGAUCCAAGAAUAGUGAUAAAUCAGAACAGAAGGAGGAGGAUAAGGAGGAUGCGCCUCCCCCUCCUCCCCAUGGAGACAAGUCCCCGUGGCAAGUUUUCCGGGAUACUUUGCAAACGGAGUUUAGGGCUUCCAAGGAAUGGAACGAGUCAACAAAGGCACUUGCAUCCUCAGCGCACCAGUUUACUGAGAACGAGAACGUCAAGCGUGCCCGUGCGGCUUACGAGGCUGCCCAGGGUGCGGCUUCUUCACGAACAUCGAGCGCUCUCAAGGGAACAGGUCGCGUCAUUGGAAAGAGCGCGUCAUGGACAUGGAACACCUCUGUUGUUAAGGGACUCCGAAAGGGUGUCAAUGCGACCACAUCUGGGAUCGAGAAGGCAACACGCCCCGUGCGGGAGACUGAGGCUUAUAAGACAGCCGUUGGAGGCGUGAAGCAGGCAAUUGAUGACGGCAGCAGCUCCCGCUAUGGUGGCUGGACCGAGAAGGAAGAACGUCGACGGCAGAGACAGCUGCGAGAGGCGGAGGAGCUCAAAUCCGGUCGCAGGAGGGCCGAACCUAUGGUUGAAGAUCCCAAGUAUGUUUUCCCCUCUCAAAAUAAUUUUAUCUGUCCCCUAACCAAUAUAUUUUUCGUCAGUGCCGGAACAAACGUCACCCUUCACAAGGACUCGGCUUGGAAAGAGUCAUGGCGUGAAUUCAAAGAUUCAAACCCUAUGAUGCAGAAGUUGUUCUCAGUAAAGGAAGUAUACAACGAGUCAGAAAACCCUCUGAUCAGCACGGCACGAAGUAUCACGGACCGGAUUACGGGUUUCUUUGCCGAGAAUGAGACUGCACAGGUGGUCAAGAAGUUCCGGGAAAUGGACCCUAGCUUCCAGAUGGAAUCAUUCCUGCGGGAUAUGCGUGAAUACAUUCUCCCCGAGGUCCUCGAUGCCUACGUCAAGGGAGAUGUCGAAACGCUCAAGCUUUGGCUUUCAGACGCCCAGUUCCACGUCUAUGAGGCGCUCACAAAACAGAUCACCACAGCCGGUCUGAAGUCGGACGGUCGUAUUCUCGAUAUUCGUGGCGUUGAUGUCAUGAGCGCCCGUAUGCUCGACCCCGGCGAUAUCCCAGUCUUCGUGGUCAUGUGUCGCACGCAAGAAGUUCACGUCUACCGUAACGUGAAAACGGGUGAGCUCGCCGCUGGAAUGGAGGACAAGGUUCAACUCGUCAACUAUGUCAUGGGUCUUACUCGAAUCCCCGAGGAUGUGAACAACCCUGAGACCAAGGGCUGGAGGUUGAUCGAACUGCAGAAGGCUGCUCGGGAUUACAUCUAA